CUGAAGUGAUAACGAACCAGUAAUUAUGCAUACAAUUUCUAAUGUAAAAAAUGCAAUUUUUUAAAUUGUUCGCGAGUUUGGGUGAACUGUUAUGCAGUCUUAAGUUAAAGACAAUAAAAUUCCCUAUCGAUUGAUGUUAAAUUUUGAUCAUUUCGCGUAAAAAUAACGAUUUUAUGAAUAUUUCUAUUUCACUGAUUUUUGCAUACUACGUACGUCAUCUUUAAAGUAAAAAUACUCGAAAUUUUCAGUGGACACAUAGGUAUUUUAUUACAGUAAAAUGUUCGUUAUUUUAUCCUCUUUAAAAUGAGCUAUUACCGAAAGCUCUACAUGCAACCGUUCAAAAGUUUUCGAAGUUGAAAGUUGCGAAAAUCAGCUGCGGGCAGUAAGUAUUUGACUUUGAACAAAUUUUACUCAAAAUUUUCAACGGACACAUGGAUAUUUUAAUACAGCAAAAUGUUCGUAAUUUUAUCGUCUUUAAAAUGAGCUUAUAACGAAAGUUCUGCCUCUCAUCGUUCAAAAGAUCUUGAAGAUCAAAGUUGCGGAAAGUAAAAUACUGAUCAAAACUAAGUGACUGAUAACAGUGAUAACACAAUUUGACCACUUUCCGCAACUUUGAACUUCAAAAACUUUUGAACGGUUGAAGGUAGAGCUUUCGGUAAACAACCAUUUUAAAAAGGAUACAAUUACGAACAUUUUGAUGUAUUAAAAUACCUACGUGUCCCCUGAAAAUUUCGAGUAAUAUUAGUUCAAAGUUCACUACUUACCAUCCGCAGCUUGUUUUCCCAACUUUCAACUUCGAAAACUUUUGAACGGUUGCAUGUAGAGCUUUCGGUAAUAGCUCAUUUUAAAGAGGAUAAAAUAACGAACAUUUUGCUGUAUUAAAAUACCUAUGCGUCCACUGAAAAUUCCGAGUAUUUUUAGUUUAAAGACGACGUACGUAGUACGCAGAAAUCAGUAAAAUUGAAGUAUUCAUAAAGUCGUUAUUUUUUCAUGAAAUGAUCAAAAUUUAACAUCGAUCGAUAGGAAAUUUUAUUGUCUUUGAUUUGAGACUACACGUAAGUUCACCCGGACUCGCGAACUAUCGAGAAAAUUGCAUUUUUUACGUGAGAAAUUGUAUGCAUACUUACUAGUCCGUUAUCACUCAGGGAACAAAAUGGCCGAUGCGCUCACCCACUACUCUUACUUUGUGUACAAAAAGUUUUUUAUUAUCAAAUGUCGAAUCAAACGAAAAGGAGAGAAUUAAUCUGUCAUUGAAGCUAUUCGAAUUAAAAAUAGUAAUUAGUAUAGUGGUGCAAUACGAUCACAUUGUUUCUUAUCAUUCAACAUUGUGCAUGGUAAUCGCUUCGUUUCCGCUAAUUUUUACAUUACAAACACUCGAAUCAACCGCUCAACUUGCAAACAUUACUCUUCUCGAUGAAAUUCGAAUGAGUACCAAACGAGUGUAUCAACGGUAUGAUGUUCGUUUGGAAAUCAGAUAAUCAAAGCUCGAUACAUCGAUUCUGACAGAUUUUGGAAUUUUUGCGGAUGAUAUUUCAAGUAUUGUACGUCGUUAUCAGCUACUAAACAAAGUGAAAAUGGAUAUCGCAAACUCUUCAGAUUCGGAUGGUGACUUGAUCAUCGACGAAACGAUUAUAUUAAGUAGCGGCGACGAAGAUACCUGCCCUAAUGGUAAAUAUAAAUUACCAGAUAAGGAUUUACGAGCUAAGAAGAUCUUGAAGGUGACAACUAACGAAGACAAUCAUUGGUCCAGUGAAAGCCUAUACCAAAAUCUCUUCCACCCCGAAUCAAUCAGUUCGUCCGAUAUGAAAGAUGAAUUAUUUAUCGAAGAGACGUACACAUGUACCAUAUGUAACGAAACAUUCAAAUACAACGUUGGUUUGAUUUGUCACAUGGAUUCAGAACACAAACGAGACGUCACACAGCAACGAGCCAAGCAGAAAAAAACCGCCAAGAAUCCGAGGAAAUUGAAACAGAGUAAAAAAUUCUGUGCAACGGCUAGUCAAUCUUACAACAGAGAUUUGGCGAAUAAAAUAUGUUUCGGUGGAGCUUCAAUGACCAAUGAAAACCUACGUUUGAACGGCGCCGGUGCCGGUUCCGGCGGAACCACCGUGCCGGUGGUAUUUAAAAAAGCGUGCGACGUUUGUAAGAAAUCGUUCAGCGAUCAAAAUAAACUGUCUAAGCAUAUGGAAAGUUGCCUGAAAAUCGGACUGAAUUUUCAUUGUAUUUAUUGUAAAUCGAAAUUCGGCUGGGAGUCUAAAUACAAGAAACAUCUAUUCCGGACUCAUAAGUUGAACGCUGCUGUUAUUUGUAAACUAUGCUCGGCUGUAUUUUGCGAUACGGACAGCUUAGCUACGCAUUCCAUUGAGUGUAUCAAGAAACAAUCGGCUAAAAAAACAAUUAUAGCUGAACAGAGUUUUCCAAACAACGUUGUCAGCAAUGUGCCAACUUAGCUGAAGUACUGAAUCGCAACAUUUCGAAGACUUAUUACAAAAAUUACGCAAUCAUAUCUAUGUAUUUCAGUAUCCUACCCCAACUUCGAAGCAAUACGAUAUGUGAGCGUAUUUUUUCUCUUUUUUUGCCUUAUUAUUAAGUCGUAAUUUAUAAUAUGUACACCAUUAUUCGUUAAUUUGAUACACAUCCCGCCGCGUGAAUUCACGAUUAAUCCUAGUUUAGGUUUUUUGAUUUUUUUUUCGAGUGAUCGUUUGCAUUUUUGUUUUUAUUCUUCUAUUCAUUAAUUGUAUUUUUUUUUCUUCGUUAGAUUAGCAUUUUCCUUUCUUGUCGUAGGGUUUUUUUCCUCGUGUGUAUUGUUGCCAAAUAUUUUAUUAUGUUUCUCUCUCGUAAGCGAAAAUUAGUAUUGAAGGAGAGUUCCAAUCAAACGUGACCAAAUACAAUGUAAUUUCAAUUUAUAAUGUGAUAUUUUCCAAAUGAAAUUUACAGUCCAUAAUAUUUAUGGCGGAAGGUCGGUUAAUAGCUUUUUUAAUUACCGAACGAUUUAAACGAAACGUUGCCCGGUAAUAGGUUUUUUUCAACUCAAAAAGUGAAAACCUAAAUUCGAUUUUUUCAAUACCUUCGGAAAAUUAUUUGAUUUGAUCAGAUCCGGAAUCUGAGCAUUUCCUGAAUCCCAUUUGACCCGAUGACAUUAAAUCAGAUUCGGUCGGAUGAAGUUUUGAUCGGAUUAGUUCUGAACUUUUGGCUACUUUUUCAACGUUUUGGAUGCUAAAGUUAGUUUUUACCCCCAAAAAUGGUUGCUUUUUCAAGGCCCUUAUAUCGAUAAGGGAGGGGGGAGGGGAUGUUGAUAAUACGGUCUCGUUUCUUGCUAAAAAUCGUCGUUUUUUUUUUGCAAAAAUAAAAAAUUCCAAGAAGUCUGAAAUUUCCAUACCAUCUCCCACAACUCAAAAAAAUUGCUCAAAAGUCUUGAUUUUUUGUUCAAUUUUUCAUGAAAAAAAUUACCCAAGUCUCAUUUUUUUUUUUACCAAGAAAUUAUUAAAAAAAUCUCGCCUUUUUCGAUAAAAAUUGCAACAAUCAUUUUUUUUAGCGAGAUUGCAAAAGUCUUCAUUUUUUUCCUCUAAAAGUGGUCUUUGCUUUUUCACAUAACAAUCGUAAAAAAAAUCUUGCUUUCUUGACAAAAAUUUCGAAAAAGUAUAAUUUUUUUGAUUUUUUUAUUUUCUCAAAAAAUGUUUAAACUUCUUACUAUUUAGCAAAAUUUCCAAAAAAAUUACUUUUUUCCUCAAGGACAGCGCAAAAGUUCGUUUUUUAUGCCAAGAAUUGCCAUUUUGAUGAAAUUCUUACUCGGUUGUCAGAAAUUGCUAAAAAGUUGCAAGAUACAAUCGUUCAAUUUACCUACCAAAGUUACUUUUUUUUUCUGAGGAGACCUGAUUGUAAAAAGAUCUGACCUAAUCAUAUCUGGAUAUUGUCUAGAUCUAAUCAACUCCUUUCCCCUGUGUUUGUUUUCAAUCGACAUUUUAAAAUCCAGUGCGGAAUACGUUGUCCAACGUAUGUCAAUUUAUGUUCCUACUCUAGAAGUAUCGUAUAUUUAAAAAAUAAAUCGAUACGUUAUUUUUUAUUGUACAUUGUAUAUAAUUUAGUCUACCUUCGAUAUAUUUUGUUUUAUCAAUAUCAAUUUACCGAAAAAAAAACAAAAAAAGAUGCCGCAAUACACCAAGAAACGUAAUCUCAAUUAUUUCUUUGUCAAUCUGGCCCCUACGAUUGCUCAUAUUAUAAUUUACAACAUAAUGUAAAUUUUGCGAAUUUUUUAAUAUUAUAGUAAAAUCAUUUGUAUUCCCAAUUCAUUUUAUUUAGUGGCGAGCCCAAUUUAUAUUCAACUAUAUUAUUGUAUGUGUGUGAUAAUGCCUUUAGUCAUUUUCUUUUUUUUUCCUAUUUUUAUUCAUAAUGUAUUUCGAAUAUUUUUACUAAGUUAAUUUUAGGUUUUUUUUCUUACACUUUUUUUUGCGAAUUGAUUGGAAUUAGUUACUAAUAUUAUGGUUUAUGAUUACUAAUGUUCUAUACCACUUUUUGAGCCCACUGAAAUUUUUUCUUUGAUUUUUAGUCUUUUUAUCAUUUUCCUGUAAUUCUAAUCCAAAAUCAUUGUAUUUGUUUAGAUUAAUUAAUCAUUAUUCGUAAGUAAUGUACAGUGUGAUGAUAAAUUAAUGUGAUGAUUUAGUAUUUUUAAUAUCGUAUUACUUUCAUUUUCAUGCGAUAACAAAAAUUGUGAGAAAAAUAAUGUAAAACCAAAAAAUGCAUGAUUUCUGAUUGUGACGAGGAUUCCUUCUUCCUAUUAAGUAGUUAUUAUGUAUGUUCGAGUGGUAAAAUAAAUUUAGUGUAGUAGAUUAGAAUGAUCGCAAUUCACAUUUUCGUACUUCGUGUCGACGUGGUUAUUUUUUAGCUCAAAAUAAUUUUGCUCAGAUGAGAUUUUUUUCUCAUUCCGGAUUUGCAAUAAUUUUUAAAAAAUAAAUAUCGAAUUGAGAAUUAAUUUUUAAAUAAUUUUUCAAGUUAUUUUCACAAACACGAAUCGUUAUAUUAUAUUUUGUGUACCUCGAUGUGAUUAAUUUUGAUAGAUUGAAAAAAUGUAACUAACUCUUAUAGUCUAUGUAAUGGUGAUUUUGCUGAAUUUCUUAAUUAUUGAAGAGUUACUUUUACUUCGCUUUUGUAUUGUAUGAUAGUGGACUGAGAUGAUGCUAAGUCAUUUAUUUAGUACCUAACUUUGUGGUGAUCCCUACUUUGAUUAAGUAAGAUUAAACGCUACAUAUUUGUAUUUCUUACUUCUUCGUGAUUCAAUUUUCAAAUCAAUUUCGAUACUAUGUUAGGUGUAUUCGUGUGUACUUUCUUUAUUUCAUAUGGUAUGUAGUAUUCGGUUUAUAUUUCUGUUUCAAGAAACGUUACAAUAAAAGUGGGUUGUUCACGUCA